AGGUUUGUACCAUUGCAAUUUAGUUCCAGUGCAGUUUGUUUGUCUUCAGAAGCAUUCAUCAUGAUAUUUUCGUCUCACUGGACGUUGCACCAUCCUUGCGAUACAAACACUUCCACUUCUGUUUCUUUUUCAGUGAUGUAACGUUUGAUAUAAUUCAGCUCUCGCUUUUUGUGGCAAAUGACAUCAAUGCACGAAGAACUCCUCCUCUAGCGUUAUAUUCAGAACCUGUCACAUAAUAUUGAGUCUUAAACGAUUAUGACAAACGCUCUUCAUGCAGUGGCUCUUCCAGAGCGUUCUUGAGAGUCGAGCCAUCCGCCAAUCGAGGGGGGAAUCAGGAGAAAGGAGAGAGGGGCUGUUCGAUACUGAACCGGACACAUGUUGAGUUAACGGACCGUUCCUGCGUCCUCCUCGGAUUCGCAGUCUGCUUCUUACUUCCCGAGCUGGGAACCGAUUCACCCUCGCGUCCGUAACCCCGUUUGAACCAUGGACUCGAAUAAAAUGGCGGUGAGCAUCAACAAAGCCAUCAACACACAGGAGGUUGCUGUCAAAGAGAAGCAUGCAAGGACGUGCAUAUUGGGCACGCACCAUGAGAAGGGGGCUCACACAUUCUGGCUUGCUGUCAACCGCCUUCCCCUUUCCAGCAAUGCAGUGCUCUGCUGGAAAUUUUGUCAUGUCUUCCACAAGCUGCUGAGGGAUGGCCAUCCAAAUGUCAUUAAGGACUCCAUGCGGCACAAGGCUGACCUGAACGACAUGAGCAGGAUGUGGGGUCAUUUGAGUGAAGGCUACGGCAAGUUGUGCAGCAUCUACCUCAAACUGCUCAUAACCAAAAUGGAGUUUCACAUCAAAAAUCCUCGUUUCCCAGGCAACCUUCAGAUGUCAAACAGACAGCUUGAUGAGGCGGGUGAGAACGACGUCAAUAAUUUCUUCCAGCUGACAGUGGAGAUGUUUGAUUACUUGGAUUGUGAGCUGAACCUUUUCUUGGGCGUGUUCAGCUCGUUGGAUAUGUCUCGCUCCGUGUCGGUGACAGCAGCGGGUCAGUGUCGUCUGGCUCCUCUUAUCCAGGUCAUUCUGGACUCUAGUCAUUUGUACGACUACACCGUCAAACUGCUCUUCAAACUCCACUCCUGUCUGCCAGCAGAUACUCUGCAGGGUCACAGGGAUCGCUUCCAGGAGCAGUUUAAGAAGCUGAAGAGUCUGUUCUAUCGCUCCAGUAACCUGCAGUAUUUCAAGAGACUGAUUCAGAUCCCUCAACUUCCUGAGAAUCCGCCAAACUUCCUGCGGGCGUCAGCCCUCUCCGAACACAUCAGUCCAGUGGUGGUGAUUCCAGCGGAGUCCCCUGAGAGUGAACAUGUAGUAGAGACAGAAGACCUGGUGGACACGGACAUCCCACCUUUAGCGAGUACUGUGGACAGCAAAUUCGAUGACCUUUUUGGCACCUCGGCUUCUACAGACCCAUUCAACUUCAACAAUCAGAACGGCAUGCGCAAAGACGAGAAAGACCGUCUGAUUGAGCAGCUCACAGCGGAGCUGCAGGCCGUGAAAGAGGAGCUGGAGUCCUUCAGAUUGGAGAGUGGCCGUCUGUGUCAAGCGCUCCGGGGGCGUGUAAACGAGCUGGAGGCGGAGCUUGCGGAGCAGACUCACCUGAAGCAGCAGGCGUUGGGUGAGAGCGAGUUCCUGAGGGUGGAGCUAGACGACCUGCGAAGGGUCAAAGAAGACACCGAGAAAGAGCAGCGCAGCCUGAGCGAAAUCGAGAGAAAAGCACAAGCUAAUGAGCAACGCUACACCAAGUUAAAGGAGAAAUACACAGAGCUGGUCCAGAGCCACGCUGACCUGCUGAGGAAGAAUGCCGAGGUGACGCGUCAGAUGACGGUGGCCUGUGCUGCCCAGGAUGAGGUGGAGAAUGUAAAAAAAGAGAUGCAGGACAGAUUGAAGGCUGCUCAGGAUGCUACCAGUCAGCAGGAGAAGACUCAGUUAGAGCAGCUUCAAGCUCUACAAGCCGAGCUCAUGUCCAGCAGAUCUGAACUAGAGACCCUGAAGAGUACCAUCACCUCCUCCCAACAGUCGACUGAGCAGCUCAGUACUCAGCUGUCUGCUCUAGAGGCUGAGAAGGCGGGGCUUAUAGAGACUGUUUCUCAGAAGGAGGCGGAGCUGGCCAGUUUGGGGGUGGAGUUAAAGCGUGUGCAGAGCAGUCUGACCAAUGAGAGGGAGAGUGGUGUGAAAGCUACUGAGGCCCUGCAGAACCAACUCAAUGAGAAGGAGAGUCGAGAGCAGUCUCUGGAGAGCGAGCUGGUCUCUCUGCGCUGGGUGGCUCUGCGAGCAGCUCUGGAGGAGGCGGGAAGGAUCGUACAGGACUGCCUGAAUCAGCUAGAGGACCCCGCACACAUAAGCUGCACCAGUUCAGCCGAUUACCUGGUGUCCAGGUGCCAGGUGGCUCUGGACUGCGUGGAGAGGCUGCAGUCAGCCAGAGACGGCUUUGUAUCAGAUAACACAGAUGUGUCUGGACUGGUGCGGGCGGUGACUCAGUUCGCUCACCUGGUGGGCGAUGUCAUCGUGCAGGGCAGCACCACUUCCCACAUGGUGCCGGUGGAGCAAGCUGACGCUUUGGCAGACAAUGUGAAGGCGUGUGGCGAGGAGGCCCUGGCGCUGCUCUGCCAGCUCAAGGAGCAGGAGUCUGUGGGGACGGCGGACUGCAGCCGACUGAGGGCCGCUCUGGAUACUGUGAUGGUCUUGGGCGAGAAGUUGCGUCCUCGUGGGCUGGAACUGCAGCAAGGGGAGCUGGGAGAUCUGGUGGAGCAGGAGAUGGCAGCCACAUCGGCAGCUGUGGAGUCAGCCGCCGCCAGGAUUGAGGAAAUGCUCAAUAAGUCCAGGGCGGUUGACACUGGAAUCAAAAUGGAAGUCAAUGAAAGGAUCUUGGCGUCCUGCACAGACCUCAUGCAGGCCAUCAAAGUGCUGGUGCUGUCCUCCAAAGACCUGCAGAGGGACAUCGUGGAGAGCGGCAGGGGGGCCGCAUCAAUGAAGGAGUUCUACGUCAAGAAUUCCCGAUGGACAGAGGGUCUCAUUUCCGCCUCCAAGGCUGUGGGUUGGGGUGCAACCAUGUUGGUUGAUGCAGCUGAUCAGAUGGUGCAAGGCACAGGCAAGUUUGAGGAGCUGAUGGUGUGUUCACAUGAGAUCGCUGCCAGCACGGCUCAGCUGGUCGCUGCAUCUAAGGUAAAAGCUGACAAGGACAGUCCAAACCUUUCCCGUCUUCGGCAGGCCUCCAAAGGAGUCACCCAGGCCACUGCGGGAGUCGUGGCAUCAACCAAGUCUGGCAAGUCUCAGAUCGAGGACACAGAAACGAUGGACUUCUCCGCAAUGACACUGACUCAGAUCAAGAGGCAAGAGAUGGACGCACAGGUGCUGGUGCUGGAGUUGGAGACCCGACUGCAGAAAGAGAGGGAGCGACUGGGAGAUCUGAGGAAGAAGCAUUACGAGCUCGCUGGCGUCGCAGAGGGCUGGGGAGGAGAGGAAGAGGGAACGGGUUGAGACUCAUGGUGUUCUGUGCAGCAGCCCUACAAACGGGGGAUGCUUGACGUCUUUGUACACACACACUAUCUUUCCCUUCUCCCUUUUAUUGUACUUUUUAACUCUUUUUGAUUUCUUUAUUGUACAUUAAAGCCAAAUAAAAGGUGCUUUUUUUUCUAACCUGCUCCUUCCCCCGGCCUGUGGAGUCUGGAGACGUGAGGAGUGUGACUGUAUUGUGUGAUGAAGCGAGAGGGAGAUAAAGGAAGGAAGUGGAUGGGACACCACAUAGUGGACAGAGAGGGAAGUGCAAGCUCACUGAACUGUCGGAGUAUUUCGUGUCCUCUUCCUCUUCAUACGGAAUGGAGAAUCUUUCCCAUCCCCGAACAUUUAGAACAAUCCUGUCUCUCCGUGAAACAUCCCAUGAUGCAUUGCACAAGGGUGACUCACCCCGUUUUGCAGGAUAUGACACCGUGCUGUGAUUUUUCCGGGCUUGACUUUUAUAAACAGCAGCAGUGUGCGACAUCCAGCUCUCAAAUGCAUUCCUUAAUGUCUGGGUCCAUCCUUCAAAAGUCCCUUAGCAGUGGUCACUGGACUAUAAAGAGUGCUUUGGACAUAACAGCUGAAGACCUACUGUGGACUAACACCUUAAAGCACUAGCAAAUUCAACCGAGGCUCACUUUUCUUCUUAAGCUUUCCUUUGAUUGUUCUGAAGGGAAAUUCACUUUAUAAGAAACCCUGAACACAUUUAAUCCACUGGCUUUUUACUGUUCCACCAUGUUGUCUUCUAGGACAAACUGCUCAUCUAACAUGAUAUUUCAGCAAAACUGUGUCCUGAUGCGAUUCACCAGUUUCAAGUCCAUGACUGAAUAUGAACUGACUGUUUUUGUGAGGCUGAAGCUCAUUGUUUUUGUCGUAAUAGCUUUAUUAAGGUCAUAGUUCAGCACAGAUAGAUAUGGCACCAUAUUGUAUUCGUAACGGUCCAUAGAAUGGUCCUGUACGGUUUACAUGCUGUUAAUACGACAAUAUCUGUUAAUUCCUGUUGUCUUCUUCCAGCUCCACAUACGCGCACCUCUUCACACUGCGGCGAGGAGAGACAUCUGUGCCUUUUUAAAAGGGAAAAAGGGCUCAUUCCCUCAAAAAACAUUUAAAAUGGUGAUCUGAGUAGCAUUAGGACAGUGUUUCUAAAGUUGUAGUCUGGUAUUGUGAACUGAGAUCAUGAGAUCAGUAGAGUGUGGUGUGAGAACAGAUGUAGCCAUCCCUGUGUUCAACUCUGGUGUGUUUCAUUGGGAUUUUUGAGCUUCCCUUUUACAACUGGAUAUCUAAAAGAAAGAAGAGGGGCUCCUAAAGGGGACAUGGUGAUGAGAAAAAUAUGAUUGGAGGAAAAAUGACAUUUCACUGUUCUCUGAUAAAAGGUUUGAAUUCCCCUGGGAAACUGCCUUCGCUUGCAAAUCUGUAGAAUCUGUAGAAAUAUAGUUUUUCCAUCCACCUCAUAUUACUCCCAUCACAACACAAACACAAAAAGUUUCUCUAGGAAAUGCAAAAGUUUUGUAAAGAAGUGCAGUUUCUAUAAGAAGCGGAGUCAAGCGAAGCAAGUUUUCUCCAUAACAUGGGUAGAAAUGAAUAAUAAAACAUUCAAUUAAAGCGGUUUUAGAAUUAUAGAUAUUUGUCAUUAUAUACAGUACAAAUAUUACCAUGAUGUGUAGCUACUUACAAGUGUACUUUACAGUUUCAAUUUUGUAAUUUUAUUUAUACUAAUAUUUAAAUUUCACAUGAACUAAAGGGAGAAUUGUGUGUGUGUGUGUGUAUGCAUAUAUACACACGGACAUGCUUAAAUUCAUGUGAAAUUAAAAUAUAUGCAGUAAUUUUUAUACAGUAAUUUUCUUUUGCAAACUAGAAGUCAUUUUGGGGGAUUUUUGGACAUUUCUUGACCGGUUUCAUGAGAUUAGCACAAAAUGCAUGAAGAAUGUUAAGUGUUGUUGGGCUCAAGAAGUCUGUCCACUUCAGUCAAAGCAAUGUAGACCACCACAGAGCCUUGUAGACCAGCACUGUCUGCCAGCAGCACAGCUCUCAGCAGGGUUACCUCAACUUCUCCACAAACUACCAGUCUGUGACUACAAAAGAGAAAAUGAUUGAGUGGACUCAGUAUGAACAUACGUUGACUAAACUGUGCGUUUGUGUCCUUUAAUACUAAUAUAACGUGUGUGUGUGUGUUUGGGUGGAUGCUGUGUGACUGAGAUAUUAUAUAUAAUGUAUAUCCCAUUUGUUGUUAUGUUUUACUGCCCUCAUAUUGUUUCACUCAUUACACUGCUUUAGCUGUUAUGUUAAGUUGCGACACUGGGUAUUUAAUUUGCUUUUUUUUUUUUUUUUUGGAGUGUCUUCAUCACCUCUGGUAAUGGUUUAUUUCACCGUUUCGAUUCGGUUGUCUAGUCUUACCAGCUCGGCCAGCCUCUAAACUGCCUCUCACUUUUGUUAAUGGAAACACACACACACACACACAAACAAGACCGCGCCGUAACAUUUUGGAGAAUAUCUUUGUAUGAUAUAUGGCCUACUAAAACUGUGUGGGUUUGUUUUAUUUUUCAGUUUUUAAAUAAAUAUUUCAAUGCUA